GCUUCCCAGCAGGGCAGUCAAAUUCAGAGUCACAUGAACAACUGCUCACAAGGAAGAUUUAAACCCCCAACAACACGACUGGGAUCUUUGUGUUAACACACCAUCGGGGGUGCCCAACAUGCUGCUGUCCCUGAUCAGCGUCAUUGUCACCCUAUGGGUCUCCGGGGCGCAUGGGCAAGAAGCAACCUGUGACCCUCCAACUCUGGAAAAUGGUCUCUACAUACCUGUCAGGAAAAAAUACACACUUGAAUACGUAAUCACAUACUGGUGUAACAAGAGACAUUACCCUGCUCGUGAUGGAUUCACAACGAAAUGCACAGAGAAAGGCUGGCAUCCGCCUCCAAUAUGUGCCAUUGAGCUCUGUGAAUUACCAGAAAUAAAACAUGGGCGCCUGUAUAGGGAUGACAUACUUAUACCACGCUUACAGCCUUUUGUCGGGCGACAGUAUCCAUAUUCCUGCGAUGACAAUUAUGUGACUCCUACAGAAAGGCGCCGGGGUAUAAUUACUUGCACACCAGACGGAUGGUCCCCGAAAGUGCCGUGCCUCAGAAAAUGUGUUUUAAAUCGAUUGGAGCAUGGAUAUUCUCCAAUAAAUGAACAAAUAUAUCUACAAGGUGAAUUUGUACAAGUUUUGUGCUAUCUUGGAUACAGUCUCCUAGAUCAACAGAACACCCUGACAUGUACGGAGAAUGGCUGGUACCCUCCUCCCAAAUGCGUCCGUGUUGUAACAUGUUUGAAGUCGGAUAUACAAAUUGAGAAUGGAUUUAUGUCGGAACCUAAACUGGCAUAUUCCUUAAAUAACGAAGCAAAAUACAAGUGCAAACCAGGUUAUGUAACAGAAGAAGGUCAAACAUCAGGAUCCGUCACAUGUCUGCAGCGUGGAUGGUCCGCUCGUCCCAGAUGCAUCAGUUCCUCCGUUCCUGGAGACACCGCAGCAGAAGAGGGCUCGGCAGUGGCUGUUCCUGAGGAGAAGUCUGCAGGUCCUUCGCUGUCAGCCGCGCCUGAGGGACGGUGCUCCAGCACAGGACUCUGUGGCAUGCCCGUAUUUGAGAACGCCAUGGCCGUCAUCACAGGACAAGUGUUCAGGCCCAAUGACACGCUGGCCUACCAAUGCCUGGAUGGGUAUGAAAACAGAGACGGACGCACCACGGGGUCCAUGGUGUGCGGUGAGGACGGCUGGUCCCACCUGCCGACCUGCUUCAAAUCUGCAGAAAAGUGUGGGCGUCCUCCAGCUGUUAGCAACGGGGACCUCACCUCCUUCCCACUGACUGCGUAUCCUCCGGGGUCAAGAGUGGAAUACCAAUGCCAGGCCUACUAUCAACUCCGGGGUCCUAAACAUGUAACCUGCAGUUAUGCCAAGUGGUCGGAACCCCCGAGAUGUAUAGAUCCAUGUGUCAUUUCUCAAGAAAUCAUGAAUGAAAAUAACAUAGAGUUGAAAGGGAAAGACGACAAGACAUACUACGCAAGAACAGGGGAUGUCAUUGAAUUUACGUGUAAAUCGGGACACAGCGCGGUGACAUCAGAGCAGUCAUUUCAAGCCGUGUGUCGGGAAGGGACAGUGCAGCUCCCCAGAUGUGGGUGACACGGCGACCCCGUCCGCCCGCGCCGCCUCGCCGCAUGCUCAGACGCUCCUGGCCCUUCCUAUCUUUCCUCCUUCAUGUCGAGGAAAUCAGUACAAUGUGGCCCCUCAGUUUUCAGCUUAACCUUCUCCCACGGGUGUCACAACGAACGGUACCAUCGUGCGCUCGGUCCCUAGACAGUCAUUACUCACCGUUUCUGGGACUGUGCUACUUGCCUAGGCUUUAAUAAAGUGCAGUGUGGAUACCAAUGUGGCUUUGUGCAUC